AUGACUGCCGACCGUGAUUUCGCCACGGAGAAUCCUCCGACGGGGGGUGAUCGCAGUCCAGGCUCGACAGGAACCACCUCGCCGGUAUCCCCCAUCUCCCCAGGGAUCACUUCGGGAGCGAAUGCCUCCACCCCUUCCCUGCUCCCAUCCCGCGAUCCCACCGCUGGCAUGACCUCGACAUCAACACAUCUCGGCCAGAUCAACGCCGCCCGCCAUGGAGCCGAGGCUUCGCCCCGUCCGCUGGCCUCAAUGAGCUCACACACAGGUGGAGGAUUGAACCAGGAUAUUAUGGCGAAGAUGAAGGCUUUCUCUUUGUCUCGGCAGGGUGUUCCCUUACCCCACGCCGUUUCGACAGGGACAAUACCCACCUCUGCGGAGGUUGGUGCGGGCGGUGCUUUAGCUGGGCGCGCGCCAAAUCAAGCGCGUCCGAGCACGAAUCACUGGGCCUCUUCGCCUGUGGUCCCGGCAGUGUCGAACCCUUCAUCUCCCAAGCCCCCUGUCGGAGGAGGUAUGAAGCGCAUGAAGCCUCAACUUAGAUUAUCGGAGAUGAGCGGUGGAGCGCCUUCCCCGGCGAAUGGAACAGAGAACAAACCGGCUGAAUCAACGGGUGGAGAGUCUGCGUUCAGCAAAUAUGCCGAAUUCAUCGACACAAAAGCUGGAACUUUGAACUUUAAGGACAAGGCGGUUUUGCAUGGUGGAGGUGUUGAGUUUUCAUCGGGCCACAGUUUCAAGAUCUCGCUGGAUGAGGUGGAUCGUUUGGAUGAGCUAGGUAAGGGUAACUAUGGUACAGUGUACAAAGUUCGACACAGCCGACCUCAUCUUCGAAAACCGGGUCUCGGCGUCAGCGGCAUUGUCAGUCGGUCAAACGGUCAAGCCGAAAAUGGCGACUCGACAGGCCAAGAUAAUUUGUCUGGCAUUGUUAUGGCAAUGAAAGAAAUUCGUUUAGAACUGGAUGAAGCGAAGUUUAACCAAAUCAUCAUGGAGUUGGAUAUCUUGCAUCGUUGCGUGUCUCCUUUCAUCAUCGACUUUUACGGAGCAUUCUUUCAGGAAGGCGCAGUUUACAUGUGUGUUGAAUAUAUGGAUGGAGGGUCCAUUGACAAGAUCUACAAGGGUGGUGUGCCGGAGAAUAUUUUGCGAAAAAUGACUUUGUCGACUAUCAUGGGUUUGAAAUCUUUGAAAGAUGAGCACAACAUUAUCCACCGCGAUGUGAAACCGACGAAUAUUCUUGUGAAUAGUAAGGGGCAGGUCAAGAUUUGUGAUUUCGGUGUCAGUGGAAACUUGGUCGCUAGUAUCGCGAAGACCAAUAUUGGUUGUCAGAGCUAUAUGGCCCCUGAACGUAUCGCGGGUGGAGGUAUGCAACAGUCAGGCGCGCCUAGUGGUGGGACAUACAGCGUGCAGAGCGACAUUUGGAGUUUGGGCUUGUCCAUUAUUGAGUGUGCCAUGGGAAGAUAUCCAUACCCACCGGAAGCUUUCACCAAUAUCUUCAGUCAAUUACAUGUGAGUGUCUCUUUUCUCGUUAGAUUCUAUACUCCCCCAUUUCUAACAUUUACCAAGGCUAUUGUUCAUGGUGAUCCUCCUACGCUCCCCGAUACCGGGUACUCAGAUGAAGCGCACGCAUUUGUCGGAGCCUGUCUGGAUAAAAACCCAUCUAAGAGACCUUCCUACAACGCACUUAUUCGUCACCCAUGGCUAGAGCCUCUCAUGCGACCGCCCAGUGAGGAGGAGAGCAUCCCCCAACCAGAGAUUCCGAAACCCGGCCAGAAAGUUCCAUCUUCCGUGACCGAAGACAAAGAAAUAGCCGACUGGGUAUGCCAACAACUCAACCUCCUCGAGCAAGGCCAACUCACCACCUCCGAGAAACCCGCCCUGCACACUGUCGCCUUGGACAAAGUCAGUCCUAGUCCUGGUAACGAUGUCGAUCCCGAGGCUGAAGCUGAGGCCCCAUCCCUCGAGGGCUGA